AUGGAGGACACAAAAUUCAUCCCAAUUCCAGAGCCCAGAGGCCUUCCUCUGUUGGGAAAUAUUCUGGAUGUUGAUUCAGAAGCACCGGAGAAAAGCUUCCAACGACUGGCGGAAACCUAUGGCCCGAUCUUUCGGCUGAACCUCGCCGGAGCGUCAAGAGUGUUCAUAAGCACUCAUGAGCUCGUCGAUGAAAUUUGCGACGAGGAACGAUUCACAAAGGUUGUGACCGCUGGGUUGAGAGAAAUUCGAAACGGCGUUCAAGAUGGUCUGUUUACUGCGGAUUAUCCUGGAGAGGAUAACUGGGCGAUCGCGCAUCGCGUCCUGGUUCCAGCUUUCGGGCCUUUGAUGAUUCGAGCCAUGUAUGAAGAUAUGUACGAUAUUGCAAGCCAGCUUGCUUUGAAGUGGGCACGGCAAGGGUCUUCUGCUACUAUAAUGGCCAAUGAUGACUUUACUCGCUUGACGCUGGACACUAUCGCGCUCUGUUCCAUGGGAACUAGGUUCAAUUCUUUUUACAGCGAAGAUUUACACCCUUUCAUCAAGGCAGUGGCUACGUUGCUGCAAGGAUCUUCCGAUAGGACUUUCCGUCCGACGCUUCUUAACAGCCUGCCUACGAGGGAAAAUAAAAAAUACUGGAGUGAUAUCAGUCUUCUACGAACACUGUCUCAGAAGCUAGUUGAUGCACGGAGAAAUAAUCCAUUAGACAAGAAGGACCUGCUCAAUGCCCUCAUCCUUGGUCAAGACCUUCAGACUGGCCAGCAUCUCAGUGACGACUCGAUCAUCAACAAUAUGAUAACAUUCCUUGUGGCAGGUCAUGAGACAACAUCUGCCACGCUGACAUUCCUUUUCUAUUAUCUGCUUAAAAACCCGCACGCAUACCAGAGAGCACAGGAAGAAGUCGAUACGAUAGUCGGUCAACGGAAGAUUACAGUGGAAGAUUUGCCAAAGUUGUCCUACAUUGCAGCUUCACUGAGAGAGACAUUGCGGCUCCAGGCUCCAGUUCCUUUAAUCGCUUUUCAUCCACACCCUACUAAGAAUCAUGAAGAUCCCGUAACUUUAGGGAAGGGUAAGUAUGCUUUAAACAAGGACGAGCCUGUGGUUCUGAUAAUGGGAAAGGUACAUCGGGACCCCAAGGUCUAUGGUGAUGAUGCAGAGGAGUUCAAGCCAGAGAGAAUGCUGGAUAAAAACUUUGAAGAACUCCCUAAGAAUGCGUGGAAGCCAUUCGGAAACGGUAUGAGAGGAUGCAUUGGCCGCCCAUUUGCUUGGCAAGAGAUGUUGCUCGUGGUGGCCAUGUUACUGCAGAGCUUCAAUUUUGAGAUGGAAAAUCUCAGCUACGAUCUUCAAAUCAAGCAGUCACUAUCAAUAAAGCCUGACGGCUUCCACAUGAAGGCGACCCUUCGAAGAGGCCUAGACCCGGCGAAGCUAGCGAACUUCUUGAAUAACGGGGGUGAUCUUUCGUCUGAUGCUCCUCAGAUACUCAAUGGGGGAAAUCAACCUAACACAGAUUUGCAAUCUCAUCUGAAGCCUAUGCAUAUAUUCUUUGGCAGUAAUACUGGUACCUGUGAGGCCCUGGCUCGGAGGCUAGCGGAGGACUCUAUGGGAUAUGGGUUUGCGGCCAAGGUUGAAAGUUUGAACUCAGCCAUGGAGAACAUUCCCAGAGACGACCCUGUCAUCUUCAUUACCGCAUCAUACGAAGGACAACCUCCUGAUAACGCCACCCAUUUCUUCGAAUGGUUGAACGGGCUAAGGGAAGCUGAGCUGGACGGAGUCACUUAUGCUGUAUUUGGAUGUGGGCAUCAUGAUUGGUCAGCCACGUUUCUUCACAUACCCAAAUCUACCAAUGAUCUUAUAAAGAAGUACGGUGGAGUCCGCUUAUGCGACAUGGGCGUGGCUGAUGCAGCCAAUUCAGACAUGUUCUCCGAUUUUGAUACUUGGAGCGAGUUCAUUCUCUGGCCGGCAAUCAAUUCGAAAAUUGGCCGUGCACCAGAGGGAGACGUACAAUCCAAGCCUGCCUUGGAGGUCGACAUUAAUUCGAGUAUGCGAGCUGCUACUUUGGGCCUUCAGUUGCAGGAAGGGUACGUGCUUGAAAACAGACUGCUCACAACACCCGACGUCCCAGCCAAGAGAAUGCUGCGAUUCAAACUACCACCCGAUACGACCUAUCAAUGUGGAGAUUAUCUCAUUGUACUACCCGUAAACCCAGCUCAUGUUGUCCGCCGCGCAAUCCGCCGCUUUAACAUAUCAUGGGACUCCAUGCUUACAGUCUGGAAGCCAUCGCAUGCUUCAGAUGGCAUCACGAACAUGCCCUUAGAAACGCCCCUCUCCGCCUUCGAGCUCUUUUCAACAUACCUAGAGCUAUCCCAGCCAGCAUCCAAACGAGACUUGACCACCCUCGCAGAGGCAGCUACCACAGAUACAGACGCCCAAGCAGAAUUACAGUCGCUCGCCUCCAGCCCGAACCGUUUCACCGAAGAAGUCAUCAACAAUCGACUAAGCCCCCUCGACAUCCUCAUACGCCACCCCUCUAUCAAUCUACCACUGAGCACAUUCCUCGCAAUGUUACCUCCCAUGCGAGUCCGCCAAUACUCAAUCUCAUCAUCUCCAUUAGCCAACCCAUCAGAAUGCUCCAUCACAUUCUCAGUGCUAAACUCAACCCACCUAUCAAUAGUGAACAAACGAUUCGUAGGAGUCGCAUCAACAUACCUCUCCGAACUCCAACCAGGAGACCGCGCCCAGAUCUCCAUCCACUCCUCAAACAACAGAGGCUUCAACCCCUCCUUAAAAGAGGAAACACCGAUGAUAAUGGUAUGCGCAGGAAGCGGCCUAGCCCCCUUCCGCGGCUUCGUCAUGGACCGCGCGGAAAGGAUCCGCCGACGACGCACCGAACUACUUUCCGACAAUGACCAUCCCGAGAUAGGAAAACCAGCGAGAGCUAUACUAUACAUCGGCUGCUACACCAAGGCCAAGGAUGAUAUCCACGCGAGCGAGCUAGACGAAUGGAGUCGUGAGGGAGCUGUCGAUGUGCGAUGGGCGUAUAGUCGCCCGACUGAUGGAUCGCCGGGACAUCAUGUUCAGGACCUGGUAUUUGAGGAUCGUAACGAGUUACUUGACUUAAUUGAUCAGGGAGCACGGAUCUAUGUGUGCGGCGGUAUGAGUGUCGGUCAUGGGAUUCGCCAGAUAUUCAAGGAUAUGUUUAUUGAGAGACGGCGUGAGACACUGGAGAAUGGUUCCGGUGGGGAUGAGGACGUGACUGCUGAGGAAUAUUUGGAUAGUUUGAAGACUGAGGAGAGGUAUGCGACGGAUGUGUUUACGUAG